CGUAGUUAUUGUUGGAGUUCAUUUUUUGCAAUCCAACGGUAUUGCCAACAGCAGUGCGGAUUCACAACCCGGGACUUAGCGGGGGGUUCUCGUCCUUGCCCUCGCGCUCGCCCUUGCCCUUCACUUCAUCCCAAGCACCUCCCAUCUCCUACACCUUUCCCGACUUCUCAUUCUCGGUUGCCACGUGGCCCUUUGGGCAAGUGGCUCGUCAUCAUUUAGUGAAUCGGGAUCGGGAUGGAAGUGGUACACCUGCAGUAUCGGCUAGGGGACGGGAUGCCUGAUCUUUGUAAAUUUCAGGGGGGAGGGGGGGGAGGAGGAGGAGGAGGAGGAGGACAUGAAUCUGCUACUCUUUCACGCGUUGUUGAAAUUCACAUACCGCCGGAGGCUAUGACAAAUACCAAUCACAAGGGGGGAGGGGGGGGAGGAGGAGGAGGAGGAGGAGGACAUGAAUCUGCUACUCUUUCACGCGUUGUUGAAAUUCACAUACCGCCGGAGGCUAUGACAAAUACCAAUCACAAGGUAAGAGCAAACCAACUUUGGGGGACAGACAUUUACACAGGGGACUCGGACAUUGUGGCAGCCAUCAUGCAUUCAGGGUACUACGCUCCGACAUCCACACCCCUUCCUCCCUUCGUAGCCGAGGUCGUAGCAACAGUGCGAGUACUGCCGCCGCAAGAAGGUUAUGCACCAAGUUUUCGGAAUUUUAUGCGAUCCCGAGCAUGGGGCCCUCUUCGUGGAGGAUGCAGCUAUAGUAUUGAGCGCUGCCGGGUUGUCAAGAAAAAUGCCCGCAGUGUCGAGUUAGAACCUACUUUACGGAGGACGCCUUUGGUCGCACAAACUUUGGCGCCUGCAGCACUAGAGAGAACUGUGACAACAAGAUCUGCAUCUCAGAAUGCUUAUCGACACCAUCAACAUGUCCAAGAAGUCACUGUUCAAUACAACAUGAGCAACGAACCAUGGCUCAAGUACAGCAUGAGUGUUGUGGCUGACAGAGGUCUCAAGCCAUCCCAGUAUGCAUCAGCCCGAGUCAAGAGGGGUGACGUUCUGUAUGUUGAAACACGCACGGCAAGGUAUGAGCUGUCAUUUCGAGGGGAGCAUGCCGCUUGUAACGGACUCCCGACUGCAGCGGGAGGUACGGGUGGCGCAACUGUGCAGCCGCACACAGGUGGAAAUGGCAGUUUGGCAGGCGGAGGCGGAGCCGGAGCGACUCCCUCAGGGAGAAUAUCUGGUAGUGCGGACGGAGGGCAUGGCCAUCAUGCCCAAGUCAGUUCCUACGGCGAGAACUACUACCGAUGGGCGAGAUGCAAACAGCCUUUGCCUGUCGCUAUCAUGAGAAUGAAAGGCAUACCCCUUCCCCUUGACUGUGUCCAUGUGGAGGAGGAUUUCCUGUUAUGGGAAGAACUCCGCUGGUCGACUUUAGGAGUCUGGGUCAGGGGGAAGGAGUAUAUAUUGGUCCGCGCACAUUUCGUGCCAAAGACGAACGACAAUUUCUGAGAACAAGUAAAUAAAAAUUAUUCAAUUCC